AUGUCGAGACAAGAUGAUCCUGAUUCUGCAGCUGCUGCUCGCUCUGAGUCUGAGAGCAGAUGGAUAUUACAUUUACAUAGUAGUAGACUGUAUCAGCAGCUCAUCAGAUCUGGCAGAUGUGGAAUACAUUAAUACAUACUAUUUCAAUAAGGCCCCAUAUAUACGGUUUAACAGCACGGUGGGGGAGUAUGUGGGGUACACUGAGUUCGGAAUUAUGAAUGCAGAGCGCUGGAAUAAGGGACCUGAGGUUCAGCAGCAGAGAGGCGAGCUGGAGAGAUACUGCAAACCCAACCUAAAGUUAGACUACUCUAACAUUCUGGAGAAAGCAGUGCAGCCAAAGAUCCGCCUCAGGUCAGAAAAGCAGGCCAGUCAGGGUCACCCAGCCCUGCUGAUGUGCAGCGCGUAUGGCUUCUACCCCCCAGUCAUCGACAUAUACUGGCUGAGAGACGGUGAAAAGGUGACCUCCGGUGUGAUUACCAGUGAGCCGAUGGCUAAUGGUAACUGGUACUACCAGAUCCACUCCUACCUGGAGUACACGCCCGCAUCUGGAGAGAAGAUCUCCUGUGUGGUGGAGCACACCAGCUCUAAGAAGCCCAUCAUCGUUGACUGGGGAGGUUCUUUUCCUGAUUCUGACCGGGACAAGAUUUUUAUCGGAGCUUCAGGGUUCGUGUUGGGGAUCAUCCUGUCCACUGCUGGAUUCCUCUACUACAAGAAGAAAUCUCCAGAGUUCCUGUGAAGUUCACUGCUGGUUCUUCUGAUGAUGUAGAGGAGUCGUCUUUAAUGUCAGGUGGUGAAGCACUGAAGUCUGUAAUACAGCUUUAAUUACCUGCGUUGUGUUUACAGAAUUAAUGUUAGACGUCUUUCAUUUUCAAGAAUUUGUUACAAAACUAAACAUCAAUGUUUGCUUAAGCAUGAGCCGAUAUUUUGCUUUGCUGAUAUUUUAUAGUUAGAUUGAUAAUGAGAGAAACAUGUUAGAUUUGGGUCAGUAGGUUAACUUCUGAACUUGUACUGAUGAAUAAAUGUUUAUGUACAGGUUUUAGAUGAAAACUUAGAUCAUUGAUGCCUUUUUAAGAAAUAUGUAUCCAUAAUUUAGGAAAUUAUGUUUAUCAUUCAGUGUUAGACAAAAAUCACAGCAAAAUACAAGCACACAUAUACAUCAUUACACCCACCAAGAAACACCACAGGUACAGGUCCAGGGUCCAGGGUGGGGGAUCCAGGAUACAUUUACAUUUAUGGCAUUUGGCUGACGCUCUUAUCCAGAGUGACUUACGAUUUGAUCAUUUUACACAGGGAGGCCAAGGUGAUGUAAGGAGUCUUGCCCAAGGACUCUUAUUGGUAUAGUGGUAUAGGGAUUGCACCCCAGUCUACAGUGUAGAAGGCAGAGGUGUUAACCACUACACUAACCAACCACUACCUCUUCAUAAGGCUAAGAUCCAGUGUAUUAGCAGUCCCUGUCAUUUCAGUAGCAACUGCAUGGACAGCUCUGUGGCUGGUUUGAUCUAACUAGAGAAACCAAGCUGUUGGAAGAAAAUCCUGGGAAGGAUUUUUACUUUCUUGGCCUGGACUUUACACCUUUGACAGCCGUCUGCUUUUUAGAGAUGUUGUAAUCAGUAUGUGUAACAUUAUUGAAUUGACUGUAAAUUGACUACUGAUUUUGUAUGUGUUCUGUUGCUAUUAAUAAACAUAUUUUAUACAGUUGUACUGG